AUGUCACAGCAGCUACCCGUAGAACGGGAAUCCUUCCAAAAGGUAGACUUUCAUAAUCAAGACCUGCAUGAAGAUAUCGAUAAACAAAGCUCUGAAGGAAAAAAUGACGAGCUCAAUGAGUCUGAAAUGGAUAAUGUGAUAGUAGUUGAUUCAGAUGUACACAGUGACAAAGAAAAUUCGUCAGCAAAGGAAGAUCUGCUGGGUCAUCCGAUUACUUCUAAAAGUUUAACUAGCAGUGACGAAGACGAUGAGAUCGAUGACGAAGAUGACGAAGAUGAUGAUGACGAGAUAGAGGAUGCUGAUGAUUAUGAAGGACACGAAGAAGAAGACGUUGUAGUGACAAAGCCAAUCACUCAUGUUUCCCGUCGAGAUCAUGAGCAACAUCCUAAAAAGAGAGUUGCCUUAACCUCAGAAGCGCCGCGACAACAGCAUUCAUCUCAUCGUGGUCGUAAUAAUCCGUCCAAUCCUUAUAAAACAGUCAAUCGGCUUAUUGAACUCGCAAAUCACAUCCUUUUGAAUCGAUCAACUGCCGAAGGCCACCAACAAAUUAUUGAUUUAUUUAACAAAGAGUGGCUACCUAAAUAUGCAAUAGUACUUUUAAAUAGAGGGUAUCCAGCAGUGACAUCUUCGCAAGCAUCUAUGAUCGCUAGCACUAUUUAUCAAUUUUUCAUAAAGGUUCUUGAAAUCGCUAUCCGCCUUAUGGAUGAUCCCGAAGCCAUGAAUGUGGGCAGUGAAGAAUUUCCACUCUCUGAACUAAUGCAAGACGCUGUGGCUCGUAUAUUGGGCGACGAUACCGCGUCGUUUUAUCGUCGAUUUGAUGGUCGGUUUGAUUCUAGACGCCUAGACGUGGGCGUUAACCCCGCUGCGAUGGGAAUGGCCGGUGACGUCGAAGAGAUAGUCGAAUAUGAUGAUAAUUCAAGUGAUAUUAUAACUAUGGAACAGUUGGAACCUCGUAUAUCGCAGUACCAAUUUGAAGCCAUCCAAACGUUUAUCAACCGAGAUGGUUUAGGCGCCAUUACCCGAGCUCUUGGUUAUGAUGAAGAAGUACGUCAGCGAAGAAGCAUCUCGUAUUCCUAUAGUACCCUCGAUUUGAAAGAUGUUAACGGUUUAGUCAGAAUGAUUCACAAGAUCGGACAUUACGUUCCUAAUAACGUGGAUUUUAGGCAAUUUGUCAUGAAGGUUUCUCAAUGCGUUCAAGAUCAGAUUGUAAACAUUCCUGAAGAAUGGCUUAUUCGACAAGAAAAGAAGCUAAUUCCUAAUAUUGUACACAUGGUUACCUCUAUGAUUUUGAAUUUACCGUCCUCUGUUACUGGAGUCAUCCGGGAAGUCGAAAAGAAUUAUCAACAGAUGAUAUCAUCGGGUGAGGAAGAUGAUGAGGACAAUGAUUAUCUGUUGUUCCAGGAAGUUCCUGAUGAACAACAAGUUAUCAGAAGUUCAAUAUUGAAAAUUGAUAUCGCUAAUCGGCUAUUGAAAACUUCGAGGCUUGACCUGCGAUUAACAGGGCUGAACGAAAUUAAAGAGGCCCUUCUUCUUGGUCUUAGACAUGCAAAAAUUCUCAAAAAGAGUAGGCGUAGAGGUAACACUCGGAAAAGAAGCUUAAGUAUUGAUGGCGAGGAUGACACUGUACAAAUGGAUGAAGAAAGCCCGUCAGAUAAAAUUCUUCGGAGACUAAAUGAAAAAUUGCGAGAACAUGGAAUUUUGGAGUAUAUUUUUGGAUCAAACGUUCACCUUGAGGUCGUUCAACGUUGUACUGAUAUUUUAAUGUUUCUUAUACAUACUCGAUCAUUGACAUCGCGUGAAUUGGAUAUUAUUUGGGCACCUGUUGAUGGAAACCAACAUCGCAGUAUCAUUCAUGGUGUUUGUCAGGUGCUAACUGAGAUAUCAAAUCAUCUAAAUCAAGACCAGAGAGAUUAUUUAUUUGAGAAAUUCAUGAAAAUGCCAAUGAAUUUCAUAGAAUCUCAGACAUAUCAAUUAAUACGAACAUUAGUACAUUCUACUUCUAAUGAUGUGAGGUUAAGGGGUGUGGCUGUGUCGUGUAUAUCUUUCGCAGCUCAUCGUAUAUUGUGGCGUAUACUUUGCGAUUCGUCAAUUCCGAUACCUAUUUUAUUUAACGCCGAAAUAUUAUCACCAACAAUUACCGGGUCACCACCCGCAGCAACAGCAAUUGAUCAAGAAAUUGCUUCUAACGCAUGUGCCCUUUUGACUAAUUUGUUACAAGGUGAUACUAACAUUGAGGAUCGAAACAAAUUGCUUAUGAUGUGUAUUGAGUGCCUGAAGCAACAUGACCCUGGUACAAUGUGGGCUUUGAGAAUAUUGACAAAGAUUAUAUCGCCACCGUUUCCCACCCACGGUGUGAGCACUGCGGAAUAUUUACGCCAUUUAAUUACGAAUGUGGAAUUACCACAAUUAUUUUUGAGUGAUUUGGAGCAUUGGACAAAGGCUGUAAAAUGCUUCACAGAAAGAACAGAAAAUUCUAUCAGCAUGGAACUUGACCAUAUGUCCCCAAUCGUUGGUCCUUCAUUGUCUACUGUAUUGUCCCCAUCAAGAGCUGCUGCAUUGAAAGAUCAAUUGGUCUCUCGAUUACAAUUUUUGCAAUGGGUCGCUAAUUACGAGGCGGUUCCGUUUUUUACUUCAACAGCUCAGACCGAUGUCAUUUGGAGAUGCUUAAUUGCUGAUCCAAUUGGCAAGCAAGAACAAGAUGAGGCCUUCUCAUAUUUAGAUAAUAUAAUAGAAUAUGACCAUUUUAUUAGCCAUUUCUUUAACAAUCAAUUACCAAAAUUAGAUGUAAGGUACUUUUCAGAUCAAGCGUUCAAAUAUACGAAGAAUUGCUUGCUUAAAGUUAAUACUAAAAAUUCAAGAUUACGAUCAGCUUCACCAACUACACAAUCACAGUCACAAAGCCAAUUAGGCAUUCUUGUUCAAGGUGACCUUAUUGGUAUAGAUCUUAUUUGGGACAUUGCUCUUCGUGCUGAAGAGGAAGCAGUUGGCAAAGAAGCUAUUGUCUUUUUGGUGUAUCUUCAUUUGAAUACGGAUAAAAAAUUAGAAAAUUACACCACUUUAUCUCGUCAGCAUCGUGAAGCAUUAGUUGACAAAUGUGUUGGGCAUCUAUUUACUGCUGCAAACGGCUUGUCAAAUUCUUUACUCUUCCCUGCAGAGAAUUACGACUUAAAGCAAGGAAAUAAACAGAACGUGAUAUUAGAAGCUGGCAUGUCUGACGGAACGCAGAUUCUAUCUACCAACAAUGAAACCUCUAACGCCUUGAAAUUUAAGAGAUGUUUACAGGUGUUAAAGUCUUUUAUGGAUCUGUUUGAUACAAAAUAUAGCCAUUCGCAGAUUGAACAAAGACCAAUCAGAAGGCAUGGCAUGCUUAAUGACGGAGAGAUGAUAACUGUAAAAGUCACCAUAAACAAUGCUAGUGCAACACGGACAUUUGAAAUACAAGUUCAUCUCUCAGAAACUGUACUUUCUUUGCGUCAGAAAGUUGCAUCACGAAUUGGAGCUCCACGUCCUGGGAGUAUUCGAUUGUUCUUCUCUGGAAAAGAAUUACACCUUGAAGAUAAUGCUACGACUUUAAAAAAGUUGAAAGUUGUAGAUCGCCAAGCAUUCAUGGCUACUAAGCGUGCGUCGGAUGCUAGAAAUGGUCAAGACAACGAAAGGGCAGAAAUAUCUUCGGAUGAAGAGAUAACUGAGUCUGAUCUACCAAUAAAUAUGCUUUCGAAAUAUAUAGAUCAAUUUUUCUCUAUGUUAGAAUUAGAAGAGACUUAUUCAGCACAGAUAUGGGACCUUCUUAUGCGAUUGCCUACACAUGCUGGAUCGUUAUCUGCGCUCAAAUCUUUGAUGGCACCAGUACAAUGGGAUGAACUUCUUAUUUAUCGUUCACCUUUUAGAUUGCUUUAUGCUCUUCAGAUUCUUGAUUGGUUGUUAAGAGGCGGUGAUGAAACUACAAACGGUGAUGAAUGGAGUAUUCUCUUUGUUGAAAAUGGUGGUCUAGAUUAUUUGCUCUCAUUGUUAACAAUGCAAGAUGCUGCUAAUGAUAUUGAAAACUUUACGGGCGAUCAUCAAAAAAGUGUUACUAAACGUGCUUGUCUUGGACUUUUAUUGAAAGUUAUUGGCUUUUUUGCAGUUGACAAUUCUCCUACGAGUUCAGAAGUAUUUAGACGUUUUGAUUCCAACGCUUUGAUUGCAAAAUUGAUUGAUAUUAUUGGGAAGUGCGUAGAUCCUUCUCAAUAUCAAGUUGAUGAAGACUUAAUAAUUAUUCAACACUCUAUGAAGCUUCUGUCUUGCUUAUGUUUACGUGAUGAAUCUGCACUUUCGAGCUUUAUUGAAUUUCAGGGUUUGCGUGAAUGGUUAAUGUCAGCGCUUGUCAGAUGUCGGUCGGAAGAGGCAAGAAACCUCUUAGAACAAAGUCUUCUUCAAUUUUGUGAAGAAAUUACUAACAAUGCAACCUUCGAUGGAGCUCUGGUUCGAUUACCGCCUUCACUUGAAACAUUCCUCGCUUUAUUAUGGUCAUUUUUACCAGAUGUAGAAAAUUAUGUAGACACAAGUAAAGAAUAUUUUGAACUAAUGGGACAUUUGAUGCCAUAUAUAACAAAAUCUGCUCGCGUUCGAUUGCCUAUUCUGUAUAACGAUAUUAAACAACAAAUUAGACUACAUCCAAUCAAAGAGCAAUUUAAUUCUCCAAAUGAAGAUACUGUUGUUGUUGGUUUAAUACAAUUGAUGACAAUAAUCGUUGCGGAACAUCCCGAAUUUAAGCGUCUUCCUAAUGAUGACUUGCUUGAUUUGAUCUUCAAUGAUUGUCUUUUCGAAGUGCCAACACUUGAACAUGCAGGAUCAGUUCUUCCUCCAAAAUGCAAGCUUGAAGCUUCAAGGACUGCAGCUUUGGAUUUAUUAAAUGAGCUUGUCAAAGAUUGUCCAGAAAACUUUGUCCGCAUAACUGAAUUGUAUUUGAGACAAUUAGAUCGCGGGGAACAAUUAAACGAUAAUUGGAAUUAUUGUCCGAAAACAUGCCAAAAAGCUUCUGCUGGUUACGUUGGUUUGUCAAAUCUUGGAGCUACUUGUUAUGUUAAUUCAAUAAUUCAACAAUUUUUUAUGAACACUUCUUUUCGGGAAAGUCUUUUCUCUGCUCCAGUUCUUGAGGAUAAUAAAGAUGAAAGCCUUUUAUAUCAACUUCAGGUAGUAUUUGGUCAUUUGCAAGAAAGUGAAAAAAAAGCGUACGAAGCGCUACAAUUUUGUCAUGCGUACAAAGAUAUAGAUGGCCAACCAUUGAAUGUGGCUAUUCAGAUGGAUGUUGAUGAAUAUUUCAGUGGACUUUUUGACCGCCUGGAAAAUAGUGUCUCCGGAACACCACAAGCAACGCUCCUUAAAGAGCAUUUUGGUGGAACACUGGUUCAACAGAUUAAAUCAAGAGACUGUGGGCAUAUAUCUGAAAAAGAGGAAUCAUUUUUUACGUUACAAUGCGAAGUGAAAAAUAAGAAAAAUGUUGAAGAAAGUUUAGAGCUUUACGUCGAAGGAGAACUUUUGGAUGGAGAUAACCAAUAUUUUUGCGCAAAAUGCAAUAAAUCUGUGGAUGCUAUUAAAAGGUUAUCCUGUAUUAAGACACUUCCAAAAAAUUUGAUUAUGCAUUUAAAGCGCUUUGAUUUUGAUAUGGAGUUAUUAAAAAGAGUAAAAAUUAAUGAAUCAUUUGAAUUUCCUACACAUAUAAACAUGGAACCCUACACCUUGGACUAUUUAAUACGUAAAGAAUCAGGACAACUUGAUGACUCAAAAGUAGAUGCCGGAAAUAAGGCACAAUUCGAAUAUGAACUUGUUGGCGUUCUUGUUCACACUGGAACUGCUGAUUCUGGUCAUUACUAUUCGUUUAUCAAAGAGCGUAAGCCUUCAUGCAAUGAAAAUGAUUCUGAACGUCGUUGGUACCAAUUCAACGAUUCCACUGUUGAGAUAUUUGAUCCUAAAGAUAUUCCUAAGCAGUGUUAUGGUGGGCCAGAGUAUAUAAUGCAAUUGGACACUGCUCAACAAAAAAGUUUGCCUAAGAUGUUUUUAAAGCAAUAUAAUGCUUAUAUGCUUUUUUAUGAAAGAGUCUCUGAUUCGGAAGGUGACACAUUCGUUUCAUCAACAGAGAAAGAGAAGCCGUCAAUCAUUCCCAGAGAUGUUUUUAGUUCCAUUUGGGAGGAGAAUAUUUGUUUUCUUCAAGAUAAAAAUAUUUUCGAUCCAGGAUAUUUUCGACUAAUGUGGCAUGUAUUCAAUUCUGUCAGGCUUGAUGAAACCCCAACUAUUAUAGUAAAUGGUCAAGAAAUCGAUUUAACUCUCCGUUCGAUACAACUUGGAACAGAAUUUGUUCUUGGGACACUUGCACGUGCAAAGGAAAACAGUAACCUUUCAUCUUGGCUUGAAAUGCUAAAAACACGAUUUCAAACGCAUUUAGCUGCAUGCCAGUGGUUUAUUAACAGGAUCAUCGAACAUAGUCCAAAUUAUUUGCAACAAAUCCUUAUGUCAUGUUAUGUACAAGAUGCUAGGGAGCAAAUAGUUGAUUUAAUAAUUUUUGUUCUAAAAACACUUCGUAACGGCAAUUUAGAAGCUUAUGGUUUGGAGGUUAUCAUUGACGAUAUUGAAAUUUCUGACUCAACUAUGAACGUUGAUUUGACUCAUGCACAAGUGUGUUAUCAUAACGGCAUGAUUGUCAGACUAUGCGAAGCGUUAUUUAGUUUACUUCCGAAUGCAUAUUUAUGGUGGCGCAAUUUCGAACAAUACUUCUACUUACUUUCUUAUAUAGCUUCUUCAGGUGUACCUGAGCGUGUUUAUAUGAUUAAACGUGGAUUUGUUGGAGAGCUGAUUCAACUGUUCCUUAUGGAUGAAUUGUCACCUUUAAAGUCACGUAAACGAAGAAUGGGUGACAAAUUUUCGUUACCGCCUUUCCGAUAUUUAUUGAUUACAUUACGUACCUUAUUAUUAGAAUGCAGUAUUGAACCUGAACAUAGCAUUUCAUUAAUAUCAAGGACCCAAAGAAUUCCGGCUCCCUUAAAAUUGAGUGAUCGUGAAAUUGGAUUGAUCUUUGAGCGACAUGAGCAAGAGGAAUAUUUCUUGUUUUUCAUGAAACAAAUCCGCGAUGGUGUUGAUAGUGAAGCAUCUCGGGAUAUAUUUAAUCAUUUUGCAACGAAUAAUCAAGCUUUAUCAGAUGAACUUAUAACCCAAUUAAUUCGCGCUGCUGAUUCUUACAACGCAGAGUAUGUUCGACCUCAUUUAGAAAUAUUAUACUCAAUGGCUCAGAUUCAAGAUCAGUUUUCAAAUCGAAGGAUUGAGCACAUAGUUCAAGAAGUAUUCAAGCUUGCGAAAACAAAUCAAUCGACACCACAAUUCAGCUCUGAAUGCCUUGGGUUAAUUGAAGCUUUGUGUACUUCUACAGUCGGUCAUUAUGUCCAAAAUAUGCUGAUAACGCACUCGCACCAAUGGAUGCCGGAACAUUUGCUCAAUGCAUAUGACGCUAUCCGGCAGCGUGCUGAAGAACUUGCUAAUAUUUUAAUUUUUCGAAAAUUGGAUGAGCCUAAUGAUGAACAGGCCUUGUAUGAUGCGACUUUAUGCAUGAGAAAACAAUAUUUGAUGUUACUUAAAAUUAUGGAUAAUGUAGAGUAUUGCUGGAGGCAAACUUAUCCUCGACGAGGCGCUGAUCCUUUUGGAUGGAGACUUAGCAAUUAUUUUAGAGUCUUGACAAAGUGUGUGAGAUCGUCUCAAGAAAAAUUAAUGUUCCAGCCUUAUAUGGAAAAAUUGGGCACAAUCUUCAUUCUUGUGGAUCAAGUUAGAAUUGAUUCUGAUAUUGAUAAAAAGGAAUUAAUUACAUUUUGGCAUGCCGUAUGCGAAGAUUAUCCUGAAAAUGUUCAGCUAUUCAUUUCCAAUGAAGACAUAAUUUCACAUCUUCAUAUGUAUUAUGUUAGCAUUAAUCACACGACAGAAAAUAUUGUCUACAAUCAGACAACUCUCCCAAAAUAUUAUGGGUUAAUAUUGAUGGGAUGUCGUCUUUCAUCUGAAUAUCAUCAAAAAUGGAUGGAAGCACAGAAUUUCUUUUGGGCCCUUAGUAGCAUGAUUUUUGGAGAUUUUUAUGAUGAUCACAAAACAGAAGAAUUGCUAAUGUUAUUAAAAAUUAGUGCAGACGCGUCUCCAACCUUUAGGAUGAAGGCUUGGGAUUCGAUAAUAACUUCUUUAGCCAAUUCUGCACCUCUGACGCGCAAAACUAUAUCAAUACCUCAACCGAGAUUCAAUAGAAGAUAUAAAAAUUCAGAAGAUGGGGCUCUGCGUAAAUGCCUGGAAAUACUACACAACUAUUUGAAUAUUGCUUAUUCAUAUCAAACUGAUGAAGCAAUUUAUGGUUACUUGAAAUCAUGGAAGACUCGUCAAGAAUUUGUAUUUAUUCUUCUAUCAUUUUUGCAUCCUAAUGUUGAUCAUGAAUUUUAUACAAGGGCGGCAGAUAUCCUUUGCUUAUUACUCAAGAUGAAGUCAACUAAGGAUAUCGCACUUACAAUCCUACAACGGCUUAUUGAUAAUCAUUCGAAAUGGCAACGGGGAACGGUCACUAACGAAGAUUUACUCAUGAAAUUCGGCGGAAAUCGCUCGAUUUUCCAUCAGUACAAAUUAAUCGAUGAUGAAUUCGAUAAUUAUAAUGUUAUGAAUUUGUUACAAGGACCUUCAAUUCACGUUUUCAAACCUUUUAUGCAAAAAUUGAAGAGAGAACAGGUUAUUGUUACCGGCAUUGAAUUCGAGUCAUAUGAUAGAGUGGUUCAACUUUGCUCAUUAGUAAUCCUUGAAAUGAUGGACAUUGACAUCGAAAAUAUAUUUAAUAUAAUAUUGGGACUAUAUGAAAAAUUAUCUACAAAUGGUCAAGUUGCGAAUAUAUAUGGACAUGUUUAUUUUGCGACAUUGAUUGAACGUCUUUUAAAUUCAAAUUCACGUAUAUUAACUAAGCAUAUUUCAGAGAAAUUGAACGUACUUAGAUCAUUGAUUAAUAUUGUCAAAUUAAACAAGCCUGAGUUCGUGCAACCAAUCGUUUCAAAAAAUAUUCAGCAACUAGCUGCUAAUGUUAAGGCGCUCAAAGAAAAGCUUGAAUUUAAUGACUUAGCUUCAAUUAGCAUGAUCGUCCAAGAGUUAAUUCAGAUUUUACAAGUUCUGGUAAUCACAAUAUCGAAAAAUGAUCUCUCGACAGAUGAUCCGCUUACUCAAGCUUACUUAGAUAGUUUGAAAGAUAUAUCUACAGAUAAAGUAAAGAAUUUUCUUGAGCAGUUUGAAGGGUUAACAAAUGAUGUAGUUAAGAUGGAUUCGCUUCUUAAUGAAUUGACAACUCAACAAGAUGCUUUGAUGAGAAAUGGAGAUGAAAUGACACUUAAUGAACUUAAUAAGGAUGAUAGUAAUGUUAUUGGGAGUACAGGAAUAAUGAGUGAAUAA